GCCUGCGGUGGCGGUGGCGGUGGCGGUCAGUUGGAUGACUUGAAAGUUCUAGGAACGACAUAGACACACGCGGCCUGGACGCGGUCACAGCGCGGCUUACCGCGGCCGCAAGCCCCGCCCCCUUCGCCACCGCUUCUGUGUGAAUGAGCGCGCGGACAUGAGGCGGUCAUUACGCGAUCAGUUGUAAAUAUUUGCAACAGGCCGCGUGUACCGCGUAAAAUUAUGCCUAUAAACACUGAGUUAUUUAUUCAAACAGUGCAAAAUUACCCAGUUUUGUAUGAUACAUCACAUAAAGACUAUAAAAACAACAGAAUUAAAAACAAAAUAUGGGACAGUAUUGCUGAAAUAAUUGGACAAAGUGAUGGAGACAGUUUAAAAAAACAUUGGAAAAACUUGAGAGAUGCCUAUAGUAAGCAUCUUCGAUCAUGCAAAACAACCACUGGACAAGCAGCAAAGCUUAUCGAUCGAUAUAAAACUUGGCCAUGGGCUAAUAUAAUGUCUUUUUUACGACAACACUUAGAAUUUGCCGAGACUUCGUCAAAUAUUAUUGAUAACACUGAAGAAGCUAACACGCAUGUGCAUAGUCGGCGCAAACGGUCGUCUGACGGGUCUCAGACACAAGUUGAUAAAGUUAUAGAAUUUAUGAAAAACAAUAGAGAAGACGAAGAUGAUACAGAGUUACUUUUUAAAUCUUAUGCAAAAAAGUUAAAAAAAAUGUCUGAUCGCCGUCAAGCCCUCGUAAAGUUUGAGAUAGCCAAAAUAAUGUUGAAAGCAGAACUCGAAGAAUCUCAUGAGAUGCAGUUAAAAUCUGAUGGAAGAAAUUCGGAAAAUAUGGUGAUGAUAGUAGAGCAGCCUCUAAGUAGUGCUGGCUCAUGUGUGAACGACUCAACAUAUAUUAUAUCUUCACCAUCUCCAGCUUCUGAAAGCCUCGAUCCUUUGUUGCUUCUACCAUCACAUAUUGAGUCAUCGUACACCCAGCCAUCAUACAAUCAGCCUCCGCACAAGCAGCCACCACCCAAUCAUGCAUCACACAAUCAGCCAUCUUCAACAUAAUAUAUUAUAUCGUUACCAUCUUCAGCUUCUGAAAGCGUCGAUGCACC